GCGAAAUUGUUUCUUGGAGUUGGGAGAAGUGCAGGUCGCAGUAAAAUAGGACAAGUUGACGCAUGUGUGGAAGCGCACAUUAAGGCGGAAUAAACGCAGGGACAAUGGCUCAGUCGGUUAAUGCUGUGUUUUAUCGAGCGGUCAGUUAGGAAAGAAAGCGGUGUAGAAGGAGAAGGAAAGAGGGAACGCCGGGAGACGAUUCAAACUGCUCUCUUUCCUCAGGGGGUGUUUAUUUGUCCGCCCUGCAACCCCAACAAGAAAACGCAGCCUUUGCGGAAUAGUCACAUUGAAGACGACACGUGUGGAUGGUUAACCACAUGUUUCCUUGGAGGACUGCGGUCUGAUCACUUUAUUGUGUCCGUUUCGUCGGAGUGUUUUUAGAUAUAGCCCAUAGGUACUCCCGAUACAUUGUUUCUUUUCUCCAUCCGGAUCUGCUACAGUGAUGUCGGAGGUUGAUGUCUCCGCAGACUGUGUCCCCUGCCGACCACCGGGGCGGACAGAGGACAUGUUGAAAGAGAACCAGGAGAACAGGACUUUGCUGAUGGUGGCAAUGAUUUUAUUGGACUUGAACAAAUGCAACACUAACGCUAUCAGCACCGGAGCCGGCAUAUGCCUCGGGAGCAGCGACACCGACACACAGGAGAAGGUGGAACGGGGGAGUUGCCGGCUGAACGCCGGGGAUAGCCGGGGCUCGGUGGCACCCAAACAGUCCCGGAGCAAGAAAGCUUCGGCGGCGGCGGCGGGGGCUGCAGCAGCGGCCAGGAGACAUGAGUCCCCCGAGAAGAGACACUGCUGCCCCUUUACCGGCUGUGGGAAGAUGUACGGCAAGUCGUCCCACCUUAAAGCCCACUUAAGGGUGCAUACCGGUGAGCGCCCCUUCGAGUGUACCUGGCCAGACUGCGGCAAGAAGUUCUCCCGAUCAGACGAGCUGACGCGUCACUAUCGCACGCACACGGGUGAGAAGCGCUUCAACUGCCCAAUGUGUGACAAGUGCUUCAUGAGGAGCGACCACCUGACUAAACACGCCCGCCGGCACGCAGGCUUCCAUCCCAGCAUGCUCCAGGGCUCCAGUGCGGCUAAGAGACGCCGCUGCUCCGUGUCCGUGUCCUCUGAUUCUGGAGACCAAAGCCCCACAGGGGUGUGAGACACACCCACAUACUGUACAUAUAUACAUAAAGGUACAUGUAGUAGAUACAGAGGCAUACACAAACAUGGACACACCCAUGUGAGGUGUAUGCACCUACAUCCAAAUCCCUCCAGACAAUUCAGCCAGCCAAGCCACUAUUCAGAGAAAUUUCUGCUAUGCAUGUAACACUGUGCAACAGCAAACAGAAACAUUUUGAACUUGACUGUAAUCAAACUAGAGCUUCCCCUUCUUAUUCCUUGUGGUGACUGGUAUUUAUCAAGGAUUAUUCAGGAUCUGUCAGACAGGUCUAGUUGUUUUGUCAUUUAUAAUUAUUUUAAUUUUGUUAUGUGACUUUUUUUCUGGAAGAAUUUGCCAUCCAAGUGGCAUUCAUGUACAUAUGUAGUUUUCAUAAACACUACAUGCAGGAGAAAAAGAAUAAAAGCAUUCAGCAGAAUCCUAUGACUGAGAUAUAAGUUUUGGGAAUAGUCCUUUAGCGAAUGUUAUUAUUGCACACAUAAACACAUACUUGUACAGUUAUUUUUCAGUCCAGAACAAGGCAAAUGUACAGUAUAGCAGUAUUGUCAUGUAAAUAGAUUAAACAGAGUACCUUUCAGAUGGAUGAUAUACUCAGUAUCCUGUAGUUAAGUGUUAUUAGAGAGUAAUAAGACAAAGCUAUAAUAUAGAGAAUAAUAGAGCUUGGGUAUUUAAUUUCAUAUAUUUGGCUAUGGACUUAGUAAAUCAGGUAUACUGUGAGCUUGUAGGUAUAGACAGUGUGUUUCCUGUGUUGAAACAUAAAUGUUGUCACAUAAUGAUAAAUUUGCAAAUAACUGCACCAAAAUACUUUUUGUAAGUACUUUGGCAAAACCAUUAUAUAUACAUAAUAAUAAACAAACCUCAUGGGCAAAUAGAUUUAAACUUUAAUGUCAGGCUUGAGUUGUGUCAGUAGUGCAACAAAACAUAACAGGGUAAAACCUUUAAAAGGUCAAGUAGUAACUUUACUUUUUCACUUCUCUGUGUUAAAACCACAAUGAUUGAUGUUUAGUAAAAGUGUGCAAACUGUAAACAAGAAUGUCUGUGCCUUUUUAAGGGUUUUGUAGCAGAGAGGAAUUUCUACAUUUUCAACCUUUGGAAAUACUACCUGAAUGAACAUUGUCAGAUUAUUUAAUGUUGAUAUUCAAUACUCAGAAUAUCAAUGACUGUCUCUUAUAUAAACCAACAGUGCCAGUUGCUGUACAUUGACACUAACUUUUGUUUACUCUGUACCUGGACUGCGUUUUAUCAGGGAAUAAUGUGAUGCGUGGUCAUGUCAACUAAUAUUACACCCCCUGGUGGUGACAUGGAAGCACAACAUUUCUCGCAACAGAAAGUCAUAAAAACCUUUUUUUAAUUUUUUGUCCAUCAUUAUCAUUUUAAGGCACACUCUCCUGAUUAGUUUUAUUUGUGAAUCAAUUAAUUCCAUCAUGUAGCAUGUUUAUAUGUAUUUGUUUGGUACAUGUAUGUAUUUUUUAUUUGUCUGGUAAUCUUUUAUAAUAUUACUAAUGGGAUGAGAGGUCUUAUUCAUCCACUACAGGAGCCAGAAACACAGUUGAUGUCAUUAGUUUUCUUUUUUAUACUUACACAUAAUGCAUUGAAAACGUCCAGAUAGUGUUAAGUUAGGUGUAGUAAAUAACAAACCAUAUACAUUUGUAAAAUGAUAUGCUGUUUUUCCUUUCUGGCAUUAUGACAACUGUGAUUAGAUGUUGGUGCCUUUCAGGUCGGAGCCCUUACUUCUGAUGCUACUGUACUGUAAUCAGGGACUGUCAAUACAGACCCCAUGUUAUCGCAAUAUACACAACUGUGUAAUAAUUACUGCUCAAAAGUUUUAACAUUAAAAUUAUUUUCACUUUC